AAUCCAAGGAAACAAACAACAUGGCGGUGGAGGCUUCGAAGAUGGUAGAGUUACGAACAUCACUUAUGCCACAAAAGCCUUAGAGGUGAAAACUUAAGAUAACACAGGAUCUAAAACCAUGCCAAUUACAAAAAUUCCAAUCGCCCACAAGUUUGGGAUCAUCUCCCAUAGCCAACGUCUUGAGCUUCAGGAAAGACUCCUCAAACAAACAUAUCUGCAGAGUAUCCAGAGCCAGAAAGUUGUUGUUCAGACAAGCCGAAAUCCUUUGGAAGUGUCUGAGGAAUUUGUCAAACAAUACAAUGAAGUUAAAGGAAUUGAAGAAAAACAGCAGUUAGAAACAACUGCACAGAAGAUGCUGGAAAGGUCAAAGAGGAGAGCAGGGCUUCGAGAUAAAGGGACUGGCCAACAUGUAAAUCUUCCAAUGGCAUGGACAGAGCUAGCUCAGCUCGCACAGUGUAAAGGCAAAAUUCAGGAUGAGUGUUUGGAUGUAUUGAUUAUCUCCCUUGACCAGUCCCCCCUGGAGAAGUACCAUAUCCCGGCUCUGUUUUUCCUGGCUGAGACUAUGUUGUAUUGGCUGAGGACAGAUUCGGUACAUCAACCCUACCUCAGGACCGGAGAGAUCAAACUCCUCAAGAUGGGUGAACUGACUUUUACAAGGCUGUUCUAUCAUCAUAUGGCUGGUCAACUUCAGGGACAGAAUGAAUUCAAAAGUCGACUGUUCACUUACCUGGAUGGUUUAGGAGAGUGUCAGGAAGCCUACAAUCCCUACCCUAAUGCACUACUGUGCUUGAGAUUCAUCAUCACUGUUGGGAAGAUCAUUAUGGCAGAUGCCCAAAUGGAGCCAGGAGAGAUCAAGGAGGGUGAUAUCUUCUCUAAACCUCGAACCCCACUCAGUAGACCAAGUCGGCCUCUGAGUCGGGAUCAGUCGUAUGUGGACAGUACCAAAGGUGAUACAACGAGAGACAACACCAGCUUUUCUGCCCACAGUGGGGCCAUCAGUAGUAGUGUCCAUGACCUGAGCCCCACUCUGUGGCACGCUUUGGAUGUGUGGCGUUGUACCAAUCACUUAGGGGGAGGAAUGGGGGAGGCACUCAGAGCCCUCGCUCACUGUGGCAUGGGGCUUUCUAAUGAAAACUGGAUAGACACAAUGAUAGCUCUGAAAAUAUUGGCUGAGGCGGCAAAGACUGAUAUAGCAGCCAUGCAAACCCUGCACAGCCUCGCUCGUGGUAACAAGCCAAAAAUCAGAGGGGGUACUCCGCCCGACAGCUCCGGCACCGAUGGAUCAGCUGAGGACAAGGAUGAUGUGUACAGUGUAUCGAGCGACGGAUCUCACCACGGCGAUGAUAGCUACCUCAGUUCUAAACCAACACUCAGUGAUAUCUAUGAGCGUAGUGAUGAGGACCGAGACUCAAGAUUGACAAACAAACUAACUCCCGAUCAGAGGGAAGCUAAACUAAGCAGAGAAAACCUGGAGAGAUUUGACAACAAGCUUAAAUCGGCCUUAAAGGAGAAUACAGCUACUUCUCCUGUGAAGGGUCCACAGAGAGAAGUGUCGUUUGCUGAUAGUAAUGGUAAAGGAAAGAAGAAGGAAAAGAAAUAUUCAAGAGAGUCCGACCAUUUUAUAGACCCGCACACAAGGCAGUCAAAGCAGAGUGAUCAGACUGGGUUCCGAGUAGAGCUGGGUUCAGAUGCUAGUGGGCGUGACUCACAGGCUAGUUCUGUACCUACCUACACUAACCUGCCAAUGACUGAUAUCCCAGGUCUGAAUGGCUGGCACUGGGAGGUAGCCAUCACCUACACAGACAUUCUCGCUGACAUCUGUCUGUACGGAGCUAAUGCCAACAUCCAGAAACUGGCUCUGAUCGGGAACAACAAGGAUGUGAGCACCCCAGUACGACAUCAUGUCCGCAACAUACCACUGAAAAGUACUGGUCUGCUUGACCUUGCAUUCUUUCAUGCAACCAACGAAGUCAGGGAUGGUGGUCCCAAUGACUGGAGUUGGAGAAUCCGAUAUGGAGCCAUACAAUCUCUGGUGAAGAUUGUUCGUUGUCUUGGGCAAGACAAGAACAAGGAGGGGAUGAAAACUGCAGCAUGGAACAUCCUGCUGAAGGCACACUCUCAUGAGAAGGAUGACCGCGUACUUGAGGCUCUAAAAGUUGGCCAGGUUCAUACAGACAUAGAGCAACUCUUUGAAAAGUUUGCAACACAAACCCAGCCAGUGAUGAUAGGAUCCAAGAUGGCGGCUGGACUGUCCAACAUUUAUCUGCCUCCACUACCUCCUCCUGUUGACCACUUUGUCCCCAAACCAAAGACAACAUCCCCUCCCUUCAAACUCAAAGAGGACAUCUCCCCCAGAAAGACAGUUCCUAAUCGGACAUCUCUCAAAGAGGAGAUUAUGCUUGCUACUGCCCUAUAUGAACCUCCAGUGGACUUCAAAAAGAGAACUAGCUUUGAUUUGAGAAGGAUUGUUGAAGAUCAGUGGCGUAAGGAGCUGCAGAUAGAGAUGGAAGAGGAGGAGAGACAGAGACAACAAAACCUGGCGGCAAACAACAGGGCCGAGGAGGAAAGGCAGCGAUAUGUAGCAGACACACGUGCACAGAAACUAGCAAACAACAAACGUAGUCCAGUACUGGUCAGCUCUCCAGACAUGUAGAGGGUACACCAUGGUGGUCUGGAAAUAUGGAUAACAGAAAGUAUAACUAUUGAUGUGAGGUGUGUCUUCCUGUAUACAUCACCAGAAAUAGACCUUAGUGCUGUAGACGACACGUUAAUGUAAGCAGUGUGUAUCUCUCUGGCCAUCUAAACCACUGGUAACACACUAGUGCUGCUGUGGGUACAGACCAGAUCGAAUGGACCUGUUUGGAGAGAGUGAGAAGGACUGGCUAAUUUCAUCCUUAAGGUUGCAAUCAUUUUGUAAUACAUUAGAAGAUAUCUGUUCACAUACAUAGUCUCUGUACAUUAAUGUAGCUGCUGCUUAUAUUAGGUACUGAAUUGGACUUUAGUGGCAACCUGUGCCACUUCUCCAGUGAGUCAUGUCACUGUUAGGCUAAUAUAUAUUUAUGCCUUUCUCAAUCCUUAAAAUUUCAGGAGUUGUGUUCAGUCUCUCUGCACUAUAAAGAACAUUUAACCCCUUGGAAGGUAUUUUCUGGGGCCUUUUUGGGGCUGAUCAUGGGCCCCAUUUGCAAAUGAAAUUAUAUAAUAUUUAAGCCAAAUACCCCAAAUUUGCAAUUUACUCCUGAAAAUUUGAGUACACUAAUUUUCUUCAACAAUAAGGCAAAAAAUACCCCAUCCUUAGUCAAUGAAAAGAACUGUGCUUGGAUUUCAAGGAUGAUCUUACCCUAUGAUUCAGUAAAGACUUCUUUGAAAAGGAAUGCAACUUCUCAAUCCUCAACUGAAGAUACAUAUUUGAUAAUUGAUAUUUAUAAUGGUUCUGCAUGAGAAGUGAACUGUUUUAGAAAUGUCUUAAUUACUGCAAAAAGAUAAUUAACUUUGGUUUGGUCAGUUUAAUUUAGUUUUGAAAUACCAAGGUAAUGACAUAUUAUUAUUAUACCAUAAACAUCUUGGGUAACUUUAUAUAAGUAUCAAAUGUAAUUCCGUUUUGAAAUGAAUUACCCAUUAAAACAUGUACAAACACUAAGUAAUGCCAAACCUAAGAUAUCAGAUAGCACUACAUGUUAUCCUCACAUUCCCAGUAAAUUGGUGAAUGUCUAUGAUACAUUUUUGUCAUAUUUGAAAACAAAAGCAUUACAGCAAUUAUGCAGAUAUUGAAUCAUUUAAUAUCAAUUGCAUUUUGUCAAAAAGAUGCUGUCUGUAUAAAAGGAAUGUAGAAUAUAUGUAAGGGCUGUCCCAGAACUAUCCAAAUGGGAGGGGUAUGAGAUAUUUUUUCAGAGAUGCCACCAUCCAUCGGAUAUUAAAACAUAUUUAGUAUAGUGGGAUUUACCCCCACCACCCAUCAAAUUUUAAUACAAGUGCCCCUCACACAGAUAAUUCUGGAAUAGCCCUAAUUGCUUCAGUUAUUCAGAGAGCUGUAUCUUCAACUCAACAUUUAAAAAUUUAAUGUGUGUCUAUAAAUAUAUACAAUAUUUUCAGUUAAAUUACAAAUCUCAUCGGCAAGUUAUUAUCUUGUGUAAUCAUAUAAUGUAGAUUCCAAUGAAAUCGUGGCUUGGACUUAUUUUUAAACAAAAUUAAAGUAAAUUAUAAAAUAACUAGGCUUAGAAAUGCUUAUAGUCUUUAUCAGAAAUAUUCUGUGGAGUGAAUUACUACCAGUAUACUAAAGUAAGGAGAAAGCAUCUAUGCUCGCUGCAUAUGGCAACUCUUGCAGUUAAUAUAUCAAACGUUGUUAUCAAACCAACGCUUGUAUCCAAUGCCUCAUCAAGGUGUUUAAGCAUUACACCUAGUAAAAAGAUUGGUGUCAAAGAGUAAACAAAUGUUUUCUAUAUAAUUAUUUACUUUUAAAUUACAUGUAUGUUAGGGUUGUAGACUUACAUGCCUGUAAGUUUGUACAUGUAUUUAAUAUGAAAUUAUGUCCUUGUUAUGUUUUUCUUUUGUUAAUAUGGGUAAAAAGCUAUAGGACCACAGUUCUGAAUUGUGUUAUAUAAAUAUUUACAGUAUUGAGUAUUCUAUAUAAGUAAAAUAUACUGUACAUAUUGGACCAAAUUCUGUGAUACAUUUCCUAUGUAUAAGAAGUUCAAUUUUAUCAUUUUUUACUGCUGUACAAGCAAAUAAAUUGUUAUAUUUUGAAUGAUUUUAGUUCAUGAAACCUGUAAUAUAAGAUAAUCCGUCCAAGAGUUGUGAUGUACUUUGUUAAACUAUGCUAGAGUUUACUCGCUUUAUAUACGACAGGUUGUAUGUGCUAUAACAGCAAAUAAAAUUUAAUUGUUUUAA